UCCUCGUCGUAUUGUUUUAGCUUGUGGCACUCUAAUGGGAUUGCAGGACACAAAUAGCUCGCUCUGUGCACCUCAUCACUGCUCUCAGCAUCUGACGCAUGGUCGAAUAUUGCUGCUUUGAGAGCUAUUGUCUCUUGAAAGCCAAAGAAGCCAUCGCUAACUCUGCAGCGAGUCCCGUACACUUUCAUCCCCACCUAUCUGCUCCCGUGCUUUCUCUGAAACUCGCUGCACCCUAAAGGCAACUUACAACCUGGUUUUCCCUCUCUUGCUCACCACAGCGACCAUCGAUGUCUCAACAGGCACAACCCCACAGUUUCGACCCGAAUGACGAGAAGGUGUUUGAUAGUGUACGGGCUUGCAUCGAGGAUUGGCAAGAUCGUGUACCAUCCACGCAGUUCAAGCAGUAUGGACCGAUCGACAGAUACCUGAAUCUCAAGUUUUCGCGAGAGGAGCAUAUUAUCAAGCCUCAAGCGCUCUUCCGAAAGUCGCUUAAAGAGUGGGAAGCUGCACAGCGCGAAGCACAUGCGGAUGACGAAGAUGACGAAGAGUACCUCGUUUACACUGAGGCGGAAUAUUUGCGAGAUAUUGCUGGCCUUGAGACGCAUGCUGAUGAAAACGCUACACCGUCUGGCCCCCGGGACGCGUUUCUGAAGGUAAUGGAGGACAUUAGCCUCCAUAAGGAGGAUUAUGAUACCGAUGACGAUGAGCUGAUAGACCCAACUUGGGUGGAACGGGUGGAGGAUGUCGUAGAUGUCUUGAUGGAGGCCGCUGACGUGAGCUUCGACUCGACGUCCAACAAUCCGGUUGUUACCGGCAAGGAUGGCACGAAGUUCCCGGACUUCGUCGUGUGUUCCUUCUACCGACCGCGCAGAAACCUCAAGGAUAAAGUCCGUGUCGUAAUGGAGAUCGCCUCAGCAGGCAAGAGCGAGAAAGAGAAGGAGCAGACAAAGAAACUUGUCAUGCAACAGUUGCUCAGGUACAUGUACCGACUUGGACCGAACGGCGACCGAUGGAAAGACCAAGCCGUGGGUAUUGCUGUGGUUGGGACGGAGGUCGCCUUCUACGAUGCCAUUGUUGACGAGAAUGGGGAGGACGAGUGGGAGCAUUUUAAUUCAUCCUGGUACAGUUUAUAUGGUCAGGAGUUCCUUGAUCGCAUUAAUAGCGCUACAAGCUGGCGUGCUCACGAGUGAAAUUGUUCGCAAUAGUGGAUCGUGUUUAAAUUUUCAAUCAUGUAUGAAUAUAUCAAUAA